AUGUCCUAUCCGCAGCACGCUUCGCCUGCGGGCGCCGCUCCCUACGUGGCAGCUAGUCCCAGCGUCAUCCGCAGCCAGCAUCUUCCAUACAUCCCACCACAGCAGCAGCAGCACCCAGGUCCCGGCCUGCCAUCGCUACCGUACGGUCAACAUCCGCAGUCACAACACUCUAGCUACCUGCAGCAAGGUCAGCAGCCCUUGAGACCCAUCGCGGGGCUGCCUGCACCUAACCGAGCUUUGCAUGCUCCUUCCAUGCCUUCGCAACGGGCCCAACUCGGUCCUGGCAAGCCUCAGACCCCCUCAUCGAUACUUCAGCAACGAACUAGCUCCACCAGGAUACCACACGCAUCUGGCGAUCCCGCCGUGUCCUUCAAACGUCUCAAGAUGAUUGGCGACGGCUUCGAAGCGCCCUAUCUUGUCCCAGGCCCUAGCAAUCGCAUUCUCCUCUCGCUCAAGUCCGGCCUUCCAUCGCAGAUCGACUGGGCGCUGUCUCGUCUUGUCUCGCUCACCGCCAAUCAUCGCGACCAGGCGGCUCGCGACUUUACCCUCGACAGCGUUCCAGGCCUCGCAGAUGCGUUGCUCUCCUUCGUGCGAAGGAUUCACGCCGCCCUGACUGGCCAAGACCCCUCCAAAUGGGCUGCCUCCUACUUUGAGCAAUCCACCGAAGCUCCCGAUGUUGGUAUUGGAGCUCCUGGUGACGGCGGCCAUCAAGGGAUCACCACCUCUCAACGCGCGCUCGUACACCGAUCCGGACCAGUCAACGGCCAGAGCUCAGCAUUCGCAUUCAACCCGUCUUUGGAUCCGUCGCACGCCGCACUUAUGCGCAGAGCUCUCGAGGCUGCCUUGUCACUGCGUAACAUGGUCCACCACACCUCGAACUCGCGCAGUCUCGGCAGCAUCAAGGGGACUUUGGUCUUGAUUCGCGACAUCUUGCGUCUGCCCACCACGGCAGUGCAACGAACAAGUCAAGACGAAGCAAAGCACGGAGCGUCGGGAUCAGAACAUGAAGAAGGAUGGCUCGAGAUCGAAGGCAUCGCAGAACUGCGUCUCUACUUCCUCGACAUUCUCGAGGCACUAGCUAAUAGGGUCACGUUGACAAGACGGGCGGCCAGCGUACCAGCACCGUCCAAAGCGCUUUCGAUCGCGAAUGGAUCCGAUGCAACAAAGGCAGACACGGCGCCCACAGCCGGCGACGACAUUUUCGCGACGCUCCUCUCGCUGGCGCUUCACUCCAAGGAUCGCGCGUUCCUGAUGGGUUCGCUUCGUUGCCUCACGACCUUGGCGGCCAAUGAUCGCAACGAGGUGGCUUUCGUCGAAGUCACACUUCCAAAUGGAGAGCAGUCGCCCGGUCUCUUGCAACGCUGCGUCGAGUUGCUGCCCUUGACGCAAGACGUCGAGCUGCUCGAGGUCGCUCUGGACUUGCUCUACCAGCUGGUCUGCAUCGGCAACAACGCCAUCAAGAUCGCUGCCCCGCUCCCCAUCCACAAUCGUCAGGACGAGUCGCAAGCACCGCGAGAAGCGCGCCAGCAGAACGGUAUCUCAAAGGGAUCCUCAGCACAGACAGCCAGUGCGCGUGCCAACGCCAAUACCACUGCGCUCAUUCGCCUGCUGUCGCGCAACCUGCAGCUCGGACGCAUCAUGUGGGAGCGUCUCAUCCCACUCAAGGUCCCCUCGGCGUGGUUUGCCAGCAUACCCAAUCGCCAUGCUGAGGCGGUCGACCGCAGGCGCGAGCUUCAGAUGCGCAUCGCCAACGAGACGCCGCAAGAGCGCGCCAAACGCAAGAAGCUCACACCGAAGGAACGGAAACGUUUGCUCGGCCUGCAGGAACCUGAACGUGGCAUUGCGUGGAUGAGCAUGGUCUUCGAUCGCGACGGGGAACAGGAAGUCACCCAGAUGGAGUUCUGGACCGCCUACAAGGAAGAAUUCGCCCUGCAGAGCGACGGUGUGCCUUUGCAGCCGGCGGCCGAGUUGAUUCGCGCUGUUGGUCAGGUCUUCCCUAAUGCGCAAGCCAUGGUCGUUCCCAAGACCGAUACCACACCUCAACGCUUCGUCAUCAAGGGUAUCACCGUCAGGGAAAGGGACAUCGAGCUGCUCGAGCCUUUCCGCUGCCAUUGGUCGACGUGUCCAGCCCCCCAAACCAACUCGCUCGAAUCCCAGCGAAGUCAUGCCAAAGUACACGCGCAGUAUGCUUCGGAUGGUCGCUGUCGAUGGAGGCGAUGCGACUUUGAUGCCAAGAGCUCUUCGACGGCAGCUGGCACCGUGAAACACCAGCAGGCCCUCGUGGCUCACGUGCUGACGCACGUUCGUUCGGACGAGGAAGGCGGUCGUCCGGCAAAGCAAAGCAAGCGCACCGACAUUGUUGUCGACGAAAACCUCCGCGUUGUGUCAGGAGCUGAACACACUGGAGAGGCUGCGAAGCUCGUUGCGGCCAGGUCAUCUCACGGCGGACGCACUCUGCGCGGCAAGCGAGAUGCGGAUGGUGUCGAGACUGCCUUAACCCUAGGCAAGACAUCAGAUCGAGGCAGCGCUGCGGUGAACGGGGCUGCGAAUGGAAGGAAAGCGCCAUCGAGCGCAGCGCCCUCAGAUGGUACCGUCGACAACCCUGGCACCUACUUGUUGGACGUGACGCGCACGCCUACGGUUGGCAACAACGACGAAAAUCCAUCGCCUCAAGGACCAGCCUACACAUCGAUUCUGAUCCUGCGUAUGCUGACGAGGAGAGCGGCAUCGUUGCUGCAGAAAGCUGGAUCGAAACGGAGCGAGCAAGACGAGGACGAGCAGGAUGCAGCCGCGAUACGUGGUCAAGGAGACGAAAAGUUUGGAUUGCCGCUGCCUGCCAACUUUGGCGCAUCAGAGCGAGGGAGCAAGCAUGGCCAGCCCGAGGACGACCAGACGCCCGCCCAAGGCGAUGCUGGAGAAGUAUCGGUGCUCGACAACGAGGAAGAGGACUACGAGACUACCGAGACAUGGGCAGUGGACGCCGCGACACGAUUGUUGGAUGCGGUCGAGGGGGUGGAGGAAGACUUGAUGCAUCACUCAUCGCAGAACGAUAUCUUGUCGUCGUACAUCAACGAGACGCUGUUGGAGCUGCGUCGACGACCGGCCGGCACAGGUCUGACGUCGACUCAGCUGGAUCCACGGAUGCUGUAG